ACCUGCUGCGCUGUUGACUGACACACACACAGAUCCUCCUGUUACAGGGGUUUCGGUGUGAAAAUGGUACACUUUCAGCUUUCAGUGCUGUUUGGUUUAGGAUUAAUCACACUGAUAAAUGGACAGUGUGUGGUGAACUUUCAAAAUGGCAUAGUUUCCAAUAACGGUUCCUCAUGCUCUUCAUUCUCACCUUCAACGCUCAGCAACAUCGUCAGCUGUUCAGCGAUACUUUCAGACUCGCCGCAGGGGAAUGUCAAUCUCAAAGCAUUUACCGACUCUGCCUUUGAUUUGUACACAUUGCUGAGAUCCAAACUUGACGUUGGUCUUGUCGCGAGCUCCAUCAACAGCGUCAGGUCAAAUGGCUCAAUAGUGGGAACGCUGAGUGAUGCGAGUUUUGCAAAGCUCUGGUUCCAAGUGAAGCUCAGUCCAUACCUGUCAUCACUGUCCAGAGACACGCUCUCCUGCCUGAGUCAAAGCAACCUCACCUGCCAGAGCUUCCAAGCACUGCUAAACGAUCUAAGCUUGCAAAUCGGCACUGAAAGACAAAGGUUGGUGUAUCAGAACUUCAUAAAACCUUUUCUGGCGAGAAAUACAGCUAAUGGUACUGCAUUUUGCACAUCUGACUUUAAUUGGCGGGUUGCCCUAGAUAAACUCACUCCAGAGCAAAAAGCUGAGCUCUUCUUUCAGUUGGAAGCAUCUUCUAGUCUAAAUAAUGAUAACGUCGAUCAGAUCUUCAAGAGUUUGCAGCCACUCACGAGCAUAAAAAUUGACACGACCCGUGCCACUUCAAAUGAUUCUGACAAGACUCUCACAGAUUUCAUUCUCUUAUUGAAACCACUGGGAAGAUUCAUCAAUUCAAGUGCGAUCAUUGCUCCGACAACAAAUGUUAAUUUAAAUCUCAGAAACACAACCAUAAAUCUUCUGGUGAACUGGACCAACCUCAAGGCCCCCAGCGAAGUCCAAAUAAGUACUAUUAACAUUAGCAAUGUCAGUGAUUGGCUCCAGACUGUGGUUGCUCCUCUGACGAAGACAUAUCUGCAUGUUAACCAGACUUUACCUGUAAAUAUCACAGCAAUGCUCAACGUUAUUUUUGAUCCAGCACCUCAAAGUCCAGAUCCUGUCGAACUUUGCAAAGUCACCAGCAAUAAUAGUUCCUGUCUUAUAUCACAGAGUGGAGAGAGUCUGGCGAAAGCGAUUAAUUGUGUUGCUCAAUCAAAUCUGAGCUUCACUGAGGAAAACCUGCGACUUUUGACUGCUGAACUCUCCAAACCACUGCAGACACAGAUAGAGCAAUCCGUAAAAAACUCAUCUCAGAGCAACCUCAUAGCCUUGUUUGCAGAACUGCCCGCUGAAAGCUUCACGUCUGGAAAUCUUGACGAUGUGGAGUUCAUGAGAUUCUGGUUCCAAAUCAAGAUGAAGCCUCUGCUGCCCAACGUUUCGAAAGAAUUCCUGUCUUGUCUCCGCACACGCAACUUCAGUUGUCAGGCCUACAAGGCUCUUUUUGUGGAGCUGAAUAAUAAUUCUGGACUGAUGGACAGUGUGAAACAGACAUUGAUCCUCAAUGACUUCAUUGUUCCUUUCUUGUCACAGCGUCAAAGCACAGGUAUCGAUUGCACGUUGCCAUUCAUCAGCAGUUCAGACUUCGUCCUGCAAAACUUUGGCAAUUUCUUUCCUCUUGCACAGCUUCAAGUUAUUUCAAACUUGAGCCGCAGUUUUUCAGCUCUGGACGCGCUUUCUCUUCUCUCAUUGGCGCAACUGGAUGAACUGGUGUUCAGUCCUGCUUUUGCAGCAAACCGAACGAACAUCCUCACAAGUGUCUUUGACUUCCUUAUUAAAACCGCUCCCAAAGACACAGUAAACAGCUUCCUCCGCUCUCUUCAGACAAAGGCCCCACAGACAAACUUCACUUGUGCAAACUACAGAACCAUCUUUGACAAGGUGGAUCAGGUAUUGCUAUCAGUCCCUUCUAACCAGUCUGAAGCCCUGCUGACGAUCAGAGACUUUGUGAUGAUGAUUCCUCCUGAUGAGUGCAUUGAGAGAGCAAGUCAAUGCACAACAACUCCUUUGAAUGAGUCCCCCUGUGCAAGUGUCAACAGCUCGGCUUUGGAUCAGUUCUUGAGAGCAGCUCCAAAUGCAACAGGCCCACUGAAUCUUUGUAACUUCACCGUGUUGGAGUUUGCCUGUCUACCAACGGUGUCACAGUUAAGCUCUCAAAAAGUGGCCGAAGUGUUGGCUUGCAAAAGGCCCAGCAAUGUGGGAAAAGAGACCUGGAAGCUUUUCUUCAGCAAAACAAUCACAAACCUUGAUGAUGCACUGCUAAAAUUUUCCAACAUGACUCCCAGUCCCAGUAAUGUGUCUUUGUCUGAUGUUCUGGAUGUGCUUGUUGACGUCCGAGUCGAUCGCUUUAGUCCCCAGAGACUGAAAGAUCCUGUUUUCAUUCGCUCAUGGUUUCAGGGGCGACUAAAGCCCUUCUUACCAUCAGUAUCUCAAAGAGUCCUGUCCUGUCUCAGCCAGAAAAACCUCAGCUGUGAAAGUUACAGCGUAAUCACUGAGGCUUUUGUGAAUGCACCUUUACGAGAUGGACAAGACGUUUGCCUUCCACUGCAACCCAAUGCCACUCAAAGACAGGAUCAGAUCUACACAGAAUUCAUGAAAGCUUUCCUCUCUCGCAAUGACACUGAGGAUCCCAGGUGCCUUAGAAAUACAACCAACAGCACGCAGUGGAUCAACAGAAACUUUGGGCCGUUCGUUCAGUCAGCUCUGCUAACAGAUCUUGUGGCACUGAACAAAAACUUCACAGCGGUGGAUGUUCUACCUCUUUUGGGUCUAAAACAACUGGUUGAGUUUUCAGCCUCUCCUGGUGCACUAACAGAUCCAGGAAAUGUCAGCAAUGUCAUGCAGUUUGUUAAGGAUUGCCAGCUUCCUGCUUUCUUUGACUUGUUUUCCCUGAAACUGCAGGUUAACCUCACACAAGAUGUAAAAGCAGCACUGAUAAAGCAGAUAUUUGACAGAGUCAACCUGUCUAAUCUAACUAUCCCUGAUCAGGAAGUUGUAGCCUGGUUCACCAGUAGAAUAAAACCUCUGUUAGCCAACCUUUCAGAAAGCCUUGUGUCUCCAUUGUUCAGCAUCCUCAACACAAGGAACUGCAAUAUCACUCAAACCACACUGCGGCUGUUAGACCCUGUUGGAUCUUCAAUAGCAACAAAUACCAAAAAUGCGAUCUACAAUGGCAUUCUUCAGUCCUUCAGAGUGCCACAGCCUCUGAGGUGCUACAGAAACAACAGCUUCAUCACAUUCCUAAACGAAAGCCUGUCUGCUUUUGGGCCGCUUCCAAAUCUGACCAUCUUCCUCUCUCUGAUGCCACAACCUCGGAGAUCUGAGCUUGUAAACUCUAUAUCUCCUUCUGAGCUGGGAAGCUACUUCACAGAGCCGAAAGUGGUGAACAAUGAUUCACAAAUCUGUGUCAUCUUUAACAACUUUAACAGAACCACUGACUUCUUGGAAAACGUAGAGGUUCCAGAUGAUGUUAAAAGCAGCAUCCUUCCCUGUGUCUGGCCUCUGGCACUGACAACAAACAAUCAGACAGAGGUUGAUUUGUGGUUUGACCGUAGAUUGAGGCUUUACUUGAAGUUCCUGAACAAAGAUAUAAUAGGGUCGAAAGAAACACUGAGUGCAUCCUGCCUGUCAUACAGGAAAAUGGUCAAUGUUUUAGGCAGCAAUUUCACCUUUAAUGGUUCUCAGAUUUCCAGUGGGGAUGUGUACACCACCAUCAAGACAUAUCUGAAAGCAGACACUGCUCCAAAAUGUUUCAACUCCUCUGACCCAUCACUUAACUCAACUGCGUGGUUCGUUAACAACAUUGGCAUGUUUAUAACAUUUAUGAGUCUGGACGAUCUCUACUCUUUCGGCUCUGAUACCACGAUGCAACUCUUCACCGUGAACCCUGAAAACAUAAAACUGUUCGGUCAAAAGACGAUUCCGAGGAACGUGCUCAACCGCUACACUGAACUCCUCUUUCGACAAAACAUCAACUUUAAUCUGUUUGAACUGCCGUCAGUUUUGCAGUGUGACGCCCCAGUAUCAACUUUCACAAAACUAAACGAGAGUCAAACUAAUACUAUUCUUCUAAACUUUAAUUCAUCUUGCUCCAUUGUGGAUCCUGCAAUAUCUACAGCCCUUGCAGGAAACAUCAAAGACAUAACUGCUGAUGCUAUCAUCAACUUGGGAAAUAAAGUUGUUGGCUUAAAAAUUACACAAAUAAACUUAGUACCUCCAUCGGUUCUUAUCAGUGGGCUCUCAACACUGAGCGCUGCGCCUGGAUGGAGCUUCGGAAAAGCCAAGGCUGUCAUGAAUGUGAUUCUCAAGGAAUAUAAGUUCGCUGGUUCCAGCAGUUUGCUGAAUCUUGGAUCCCUGAUUGGAGGGAUCCCUUCAACAAUACUGACGACCAUUAAGCUCGAAGACAUUAAAACCACAUUAAACGAUACAGUCUUUGUAAAAAACUUACUGGUUGCCCCAGAGAUUAUUCAGAAGACCUUUGUGACCCAGAUAAUCAAAUUGAGUUCGUCACCAGUUGACCUAAUGACAAACAUUCCCAAUGAAAUGGCUGUUCAAAUUCCAAGAAACCUUCUGACCAUUCCCACCACUUUAAAUCUAGAAGUUGUGAAACAGUUUAACAGUAAAAAAUGGAAAACUGAACAGGCAGUUCUGUUCUUUGAUACUGUUGCGAAUGCUUUUGAUCAACCUGACGACCUGUCAGUGGACAUUUUGCAAGGUUUUACAUGCUCACGUGUACAGACGUUCACCCAAACUAAAAUCAGAGGCCUGAUCAAAGCCUGCAGACGGAGAGCAGGGAGACCUAAGGUGGUACUGGGCGAGACUCAGCUGACUUGCAUGUACAACCUGGUUAGAAAGGAAUCACCUGUGGAUUUCGAAAGCUAUCAUCCAGAUAUGUUGCUGUACUACAAUUACGAAGCAAUCAACAAAACCACCUGCCAGGCAUAUUUUACUCAGGUCGGAGCAGCAGAUCUCUCAAUCUUUUCAAGCACGCUGAGAGGAAGAAGGGACCUCUUGUGGAGCAAAUAUCUAGAUUGCUUUGGCAUUUCUGGAACAAGCAUCUCGAAACAGAAUUUGACAGUGCUGGGCAACUUGGCAUGUGCCGCAAACAGUACCUUCAUUACAAACUCAGACCCAGAAAUCCUUGAGAACUUGAAGAACUGCAGUGAUCUCUCAGAUGGGCAAAUAUCAGCCAUGGAAGCUGUUGUUAUGAAGGGAGCUUCAAAAUAUGGACAACCAAGCACCUGGAAUCAGAAAACUCUUGGUGAUCUGGGAAUUCUGCCUUUGUACUUCUCACAAACAUUUUGGAACUCAUUCAAAGAGAAUGAUUUAGGCCAGUUCUUGAAAACCUUCUUGAAAUCGAUGCGUGAACGAAACACACCAAAACCACAAAUGAAAAAGCUGUUUAAAGCCAUCAUUCGUACAGUAGUAAUAUCCAAGAGAGCAACCUGUUCCAAGGAGGUGAUCACUGAUGUUAUCAUCAGCAAUGAUGCCUUCCCCUUUGGAUACAAUGAGGAUCAGUUCAGGAACUGUCUGAAUGCUGAUGUAGUGAGAGACAACCUCGGUAGCCUGUGUGAAAAAAUUGAGGAUAGCGCCUUCCAGAGAGUCAUUCUGGACAAACUCAAUGAGAUAUCGCCAAAUGGCCUUUCAGAGGAUCAGGUCCAGGUGCUGAAGUCAGUGUCCAGGAACGCAACAACAGAUGAAAUAAGCAAAUGGAACAUCACUAAAGCCGACACACUGGCUGCACUGAUGAAUGCCAACGAUGGCGAAUGGUCCUCUGCACAGAGCAAACAAAUCAUUACCAAAUACCUAAGCGCUAACAAUAAUCUGACUUCCACUGAGCUGAGUAUGGUGAAAGGACCAAAUCUCUGCUCUCUGGAUACCAGCACAUUGUCAACAAUAUUGCCUGAAAGCAUACGGGAUGCCGAUGCUUUGAAUGUAUCAAAAUGUUCAUUGGCCAACAAGAAGGCACUCUUCACCAUCGCUAACAAAGCAUUUCCCAUGACAACUGUCAGAGCCUCAAGUGUGGUUCUGUCAACUUACCAGCUCAUUGAACCCUAUCUUGGAGGUGCAGAUCUAAGUUACAUCAGGAAUCUGUCAUCAAAUAAUGUCAGCAUGAGCCUGGCCACUUUAAUAAAUCUGGAUCCAAGCGUGAUCGCGAACCUCACUGUGCAGGAUGUUAAGAAUCUUCUUGGUAGCAAUUUGCCGGAUCUGAAAACAUUUGAAAAUGAACCAGCCGUGCGGACCUGGAUCUCACUGCAGUUUCAAUCGGAACUGGAUAAACUGGAUCUCGGUCUGACUGGAGGAAAAGCAGAUGCAACAACUGCUGUCCCGACAACUAUCACAACUGUGAAGACUACGGUUGCUUCCAGUGCAGCCACUCCAGGAGUUGGACGCAGUGGAUGGUCAGUUUCACUCAGCAUACUUGUACUCAUUUUUACCAUCAUCAAAGUGGAGAUUAUAUAGCGGGACUGACCCCAAAUCAGCCACACAGUAAUUUUACCAAAUAAUGUAUCUGUGAGACUCUCCAGUGCACAAAAUAUAAUAUAUAGAAUUAUUACAAUCUAAUUAAUCUGUCUGUAAUCACACAUUUUCUUCAUUUGAUAUUUGUCUAAUUAUAUCAUUCAUCAUAUUCACAAAUGUCGUAUAUAUACUGUAAUUGAAAUAUGGAAAGAGUAAUUUUGUAUUAAUAAUCAAAGCAAGGGAUGUACAGUAUUUUGAUUGAUAUACUUGUACAACUGUUUAGCACAAUAAAGCUUAUACAUUUAAGUGUUUAAAAUCUUUAGAAUCGUUAAAUGAAUGCCUUGAGCUUUUCUUUGUUUUAAUAUUACAAAAAACAAUGUAAAUGUUCUAUGACUGGUAUCUGUUUAUUGAUGAUAAUGAUCAAACCAGAAUAUGUGAAAUGUAAUCGUAUAAUUAAUAAACGGUACUCUAUGAUGAACAAAA